CGCAGGCAAGAUGGUGGCGCCCAUAGGGGGCGGACUGGAGGUGGGAGGGGUUGUGGUGUGGGGACGGGGCCCGGCGGCGUGAGCGGCUCGGUCUGCGUGUCCUCAACCCAAACUCCUCAGAAACGGGAGACCUCAAACCUUGUGCUGGUCCUGCUGACCACAGGACUUCAAAAUGACAGGAAGAGAAUUUCUUGAACUAGAGUCUCCACAGCAAAAACUGUAUUUGGAAAGAGUGAAGCGGAUGGAAAUCAUACACGAGGUGUUGAAUGAGCUUCCUAAAUCAGAUCAGAACCUUUGUAAUCAUGGAUCAUACUUCCUUGCAGGAAAUGCAAGCUUAUGUGGCUUAACAGCAAAUAAUUUCUUCAGGAAGAUCCUAAAUAUCAGAAAGGCUGCCAUAAUAUCUGCUUUGCCAAUGGCUGUUAUUCCGUUUGUUUCAACAGUGGCAGUUUAUGAUGUUUUCCUGCGUGACCCUUUAUUUUCAGGUGAGCUGGACUGUCAGGUGUGUGCUGUGGUCAGAGGAGGAUUAAUAGGUGCUGUUGUGGGCAGCCUGUACCCUAUUCUCAUGGCCAUCCCUGUGAACGGAAGCCUUGCAGCCAGGUACUCCUCAUCUCCCUUGCCAGGGAAAGAGAACUUGCUACGCUUCUGGCUCUCAGUUUCUCAGCCUGUCUUUAGAAAGAUGAGAUUUGGUGUGCUUGUACAGGUUCUAACUGGAGUUUUUCUUGCCACUAAACAUCACGGGAUAUAUGUCAAAGUACUGGAGCAGAUGAAGCCCGGCAGGGAUCCUGAAGAGUUACAAGCCUGAAGUUAAACAGCUUUCCAGUUGCCAUGGAUAAGAAACUAAUAGACGUUGGUACUUGCUGUCCUAAUAGAAAACAAGGUUAAAACUCUGUGCUGACAUUCUUCUCAACCCUGAACUUGAAUGUAAGUUAAGAUCCUUAUGAUGCCUGGCACAGAAUAUAUACAUUGACAACAUCUCUAUAAAGAGAAGUGUUUUUCUUUGGAAAUGGGAAAAAUAAGUCAUUCUUCUAUUGCACGCUUCGUGUUUGGCUCUAAGGUGGUGAUUCUACAUUUUACAGAAGAUGUGCAAGUAAGCUUAUUGGAAAAAAUAAUAUUACAAUAAUGCAAAUAAUACUGAUAUUUAAAAAAUAAAAAUCGGGUAAGGUUUUUUUCUUGA